AUGACAACGCGCAUGUCAGUUCCAUCAGAGUGUGGGCCCGCGGCCCCAGUGGAGGCUCGUCCACGCGCCUGCUUCAAACUCGACGUGCUGCUGCAUCAUCUGCAAGGAGGCGGGAAGAGAUGGAAGAGAACUGAAGGACCGGAGCUGCUGGAUGCAAUGCUGCCAUGGCCACUACGAGAUGCCUUGGGGAAGGAGUGUGUGGUUGCCCGAGACCCCAACGUAUAUGAAGAGAAUCUUCGCACGACAGCGGGUGUGAAGCCAACACUGACAGUUCCACGGCGCCAGCGGUGGAGAGCAGUCACGAAUCAGCAGACGGCAAUAGAUGCCGAGCGAUGGUGGCCUGCUUUAUAG